AUGAAUAUGAGGCUCCGAGCCAGCAGGUCCGCCGGGUAUAAUUUGUAUCUGCACAUUUGCUUGGGUGAUCGGAAUUGGGAUGACAUUCGUAAGAUGACAGCUGCCUGCAGCAAUUGGAAGGUGAAGUGGUCGGCGAGACCUCUUGAGUGUUUGCUCGAGGAUGUUGUCGACACCGUCCACUGCUAUGCGAGCCAGAGGGCGGGGGGCUGGGUUAGUUUUUCGAUUGCAGUAGUUUUGUGGCCUGUGUAUACGGCGAAAGUCAUACGCGGCUGCGAAGCAAUUACGCUUCAAAUCAAAUCCCAUCCCAGAAUCUCCACCAAACUGCCCCGGCCGCCCACUUUCGGCCCUGAUUCUUCCGUCGCCCGCAAAAAACGAGUCAGGCCAUCCCGACGACGUAGCUCCUCAAGCCCAUCUACGAACGAAAUAACAGGUCCCGCGAGCCAUCCCGCUUGCGUAAACCCAGUCUCUUCCUUCGUCUUCUUUUUACUUGGCAAUUUUGGCGAGGAAUAUUGCUAUUUUGAUACCAGUUCGCAAACCAACUCUCUCAUCCUCAAACAGCUACAAACGCAAGCACAUAGGAAUUUUACUUUACGACUUGACAACCCUGUUAUGAACACGUAUCCAUCCAAUCCCUCUUCCUCCUCAAAUUACUCUCAAUCCCAAUCCAUCAAUCCAGCCCUCCUAGCGGGGGGUUUCUCUAACCCUCAGCAGCAGCAACAACAGAGAUAUGGUGGUGGAGGCGGAGGUUUUGGCGGGGCUGGAGGCAUGGGUGGUGGUGUGAACCCUGCUCAAUUGAUGAACGGCUCUGGCGGUGGAAUGAACGGUCAAGGCCAGGGUUCUAUCAGUGCCAACCAGCUUCUUCACCAACAGCAACAACGACAACAACAUCAACAACACAUGAUGAACGGCAUGAACCAGAUGGGUGGCGGAGGCGGUAUGGGGAACAUGGUUAUGGGUGGUAUGGGAGGCAUAAACCCAGCCGCUCUCGCCUCCUCGUCUUCCGGAAAUUCGUCCUCCUCGAACAUGAUGAACAUGAAUAAUGUCAAUAUCAACCCUAUGAUGUUGCAGAACCAAACUGGUUCCGGUGGACCCUCUCAAAUCAACACAGCUGCGAUGUUGAAUAUGUUGGGCAUAACGAGGGAGCAAUUCGCCGCGCUCAGCCCACAGGAGAAAAAUGCAGCUGGGAAUAAGGCCAUGGCUAUCAUCAAUCAGCAGAACCAACAGAUGUCGAUGUCGAUGGGUGGGCAAGGUAUGGGGAACAUGAUGGGUGGUGGUGCUGGGAACAUGAUGGGAGGCGGAGGAGGCGGAAACAUGUUGGGUGGAGGUGGAGGCGUGGGGAACAUGAACAACGCAAAUAUGGGUGGGAUGCAAUUCGCCCAGCAACAGAACUCGAACCAGCAAAUAGCCAUGGGUGGGUUCUUUGAUCGACCAUCAAGCUCAGCAUCGUCGCAUUCUACAUCCAAUCCUUCGUCCAACCCACAAAAUCAGAACCAAAUGAUGCCCCCACCCCCACCCCGUCCAACCACCGCUGCUGGUAUGCAUGGCAUGGGAGGCGUUAUGAACAUGGGAGGCCAGCAGUCGGGCCAAGGACAAGGGCACCCUUCGCGUCCUGGGACGUCGAUGGCGCAUCGCUCGCCUACUAUUCCUGGUCCUGGGUUAGGAGGAGGCAUGGGUGGUAUGGGGUCAAUUCAAGAGCAGCGGAUGAUGCAGGAGAGGAUGCAUCGCCAGCAGAUACAACAAAUGCACAAUCAGCAGCAGAUGGAGCAGCAGCAGCAACAUCAGCAGCAACAGGAUCCGCGGUUCCACCAGCAGCAAAUGGAGCAUCAGCAGCGGAUGCGAGAGCAGGGAAUGCACGAACAGCAGAGGGCGCAGGAACAGCAGAGGAUACAGGAACAACAACAGAGAAUGCAGCUUCAGAUGGGGAUUCAAAGACCUUCCAGUCGAUUGAGCGUUGGUCCUCCUGGUCAGAUACCUGGUGCUGGUGGGAAUAUGGGUUUUAAUGCAAACGCUGGUGGGAUGAUGAACGGAUUCCCACAAAAAUCUUCCCAAACGCAACAACAAGGAGGAAACAUUUUCCCUAAUCAAUCACCGCUAUCAUCUCAACCGCACAUUCCGUUACCCCAAACACAAACACCACAACAGCAGAGAGGUGGCCAACCCUUUGGUUCCCAGCAACAGCAUGAAGGCUCUCCGCCACCCAUGUCUCCUUAUCGGGGUGCGAAACGUAAAGUCGGUGGUCCUGAUGGUGUCAUGCCUGGUAUGGGAUCUCCAAGAAUUGGAGGCGGAAUGGCCUUGCCACCAACGACUCCCAUGGGUCCUCCUGGCAUUCCGAGGACCAUUUCUGGAGACGGUUUAGGUGGAAUGCCGUCCCCAUCGACCCCUACUUCAGGCGGGUUGGGCAAUAUGAACAUGAACGUUGGCAUGCCAGGAGGCGCAGGCAACAUCUUCCAAGCACAAACUCAAGCCAUGCUUCAACAUCAGCAUCAACAGCAACGGCGAACCCAGUCGCCUCGACCUCAGUCUUCUAUGGGCAUGGUUCCAGGAGGUGGUGGUAUGGAUAUCUCAAUUCAACGUCAACGUCAAGGCUCGAUUCCCCCUCAACAAUUCCCGCCUGGAAACCAACAAACACCCCAGAGACAAGGCUCUUUACCUCCGUCUGGGAUGAUGGGUCCUCCUCCGCAGAUGUCGAAGCCGUUGGAUCCGGCUGGCUUGAUGGGAAUUGGUGUGAAAAGUGGGAUGUCUGGGAUGGGCGGUAUGCCAGGGAUGGUGAUGCCUCCUCCCUCUGCAGCACCUGCGAUCCCACUGGCAGGUAUGCAUCCUCCCACAGCUGCUCCUGGUGUUAUUGGUGGAGGGAUUCCGCUCGCUGGUCCAGGUGCUGUCCCAGGAGGAGCGGGGAUGGGUGUUACACCCCAACAACAGCAAGCUUUAGCAUCGUCGUUGUCGGCAGCGGGGAUUCCGGCGGCACCGGGCGGAUUACCCGCAUCCGGGCCAAGCGUAAGCGGUGCUGGGUCUGCAGCUGCUGCCAAUUUGCUGGCGCAGCUUCCGCCUUUACCGCCUGGGGUCACCCUCAAUCCAGCCAUCACGCGCGUCAGCGCUGUUCCGCUGAUCGAGUCUGUGAAGCGCAUUCCUCCCUUGUCGGAGGAUGAUGUUAAGAAUGUACAAGGGUGGAUCAAGGUGGACAAGGAGUAUGAGGUUGCUUUUAGGCGGAUGAAGGAGAGGAUGGCGGUGGAGGCUAGGGAGACUUUUGGGCCUGCUGGUGCGUCGUGGUGGGAGAAGGGGUUCCCUGGUGGGAAUUUGAAUCGCUGGAGGAGGGGAAGGGAACAGUUUGAUGUUAGGUAUCCGAGACGUAGGGAGAAGGAGGGAAGAGAUGGGAGAGAGAGGAAGAGAGGUGUUAGAAGGGAGGGUUUGAGAUUGCCGAGGACGCUGGCUCCUGCAGAGGCGAAUCGCCCUGAACAGCUUAUUCCCAUUCGUUUGGAAUUUGAUGUUGAGCACCAUAAGAUGCGGGAUACGUUUGUUUGGAAUUUGAAUGACCCCGUGGUAACCCCAGAACAUUUCGCUCAAUCCCUUGUGGAAGACUACGCCCUCCCUUCCUCUUACCACUCCUUCAUCGUCAAGUCAAUACAAGAUCAACUCAGCGACUAUAAGGCUCAUUCGGCAAAUUACGAUGGCGAGGGUGGUGAACUCUCUGAGCCUGAAGAUGCAUCCAUCCACCGGGGAGUUCUUGAUGAGGAGAGUCUUAGCUGGUGGGAGUCGUGGCGGAAACGCGUCCGUGCUGAAGGUGCAUCUCGUAAGGGUAGCAAACAUGGAAGGAAGCGGCGGAAGGUUGUUAAAGUGGAGGAGCCUGAGGACAUGUGCAUGGACGAGGGUGAUGGUGACGAUGAAAGGCCCAUGACCCUAGAAGAACUCGAGUUGGACGAGCAGAGUCUCCACGAGGAUAUGCGGAUCUUGAUCAAGUUGGACAUCAUUGUCGGAGCUAUGAAGCUUGACGAUCAGUUCGAAUGGGAUCUGGACAAUACAAAUGCGUCACCAGAAGAUUUCGCGGAUGUUUACACCCAAGAACUCGGAUUAUGUGGAGAAUUCAAAACUGCUAUCGCCCACUCAAUACGAGAACAAGUGCAGACAUACCAAAAGUCCCUGUUCCUCGUUGGCCAUCAACCUUCUGAUGGUGCUCUUGUGCAAGAUGAGGACCUCAAACAGUCCUUCCUGCCCAGCUUGAUGUCGGGCGCUCGUCCAGUGAGCGAGGUUCAGAUGUUCACUCCCCUCCUCAACUACCUUAGCGACGGGGAGAUCGACAGAACGGAAAAGGAUCGGGACAAGGACCUGAAUAAGCGCAGAAAGCGUAAUACCAGGGGUAGACGCGGGAUUGCUUUGCCAGACCGAGAGCCGAUCAGGACUUAUCGCACGCCUGCUAUUGGGUUCCCAGAACUUGACCCAGCAACGUUGGCUCUUGCCGCCGCUGCGAACGCACCAAUGUCUCGUCGGGCUGCUGCUGCUGCUGCCUCGCUCACAAUCGCCAACAUGGUCGCUUCUGAGAAUGGGACGCCGUUCAUGCCUCAAUCCUUGCCAUCCCAGCAGGCGCCACAGCCGCCGCCUACUGCGCAGAAAGAGAAGAAGCCGAAGGGUCUAUUCAAGGCACCUCCUAUUCCCCCGAACACCCUGCGACCUCGUGCCCUUGUUGCUGCUCCCACGCCGUCUACAGCUGCAGACGUCUCGAAAUUACCUGCUCCCUUGGACAACGAUCCUCCUCCGAGUUCCAAUAAUGUUCCUGCUUUGGACAGCAAGGCUGCCAAGAUCUUGUCGGCGAAGAGGGCCAAGGAGCUUGAACGAGAAGCCAAAGAAAAGGAAUUUGUUGAUGGACAGCACCCGAAUUACAUUGAUGGCGUUUGGCAUUGCUCGAAUUGUGGCUGUCCUGAAAGCAUUGCUAUUGGACGGAGAAAAGGGCCUCUGGGUGAUAAAUCGCAGUGCGGCACAUGUGGGAAGUUCUGGCAUAGACAUAGGAGGCCACGGCCGGUGGAAUACAACGCAGACGCCGACUAUCAUUCUGGCUUGAAGCAACGUGAGGCUGAAGCGAAAAUGCCAGCGUCAAAGAGGAAAGGUGCCGCAGCCGCCUUGCGCGCCCAGAGCACGGCAGCUACGCCGAUGGCCGACAUUUCAGAACCACAGACGCCAGCUAGGUCUAAUGGAGACGUGGACGCGUCUUCUCGGCAGUCUCCGACUCCAGCGGCUACUCUGAAUGACGAUGACCGGGCAAUAUCACCAGUAUCAACCGCUUCCAGCGCUUCCGAACCCCCGCUUGCUCAGAGGGUGAAACUGAAUGGGAGCCAUAGCAAGCCACCGGCAACACCUCAUCCACCACCAGCUGCUGCUGUGACGUCCUCUACCCCUCCACCUAUAAACUGCCCUGGCAAGUUGUAUACACCUGGUCCAGGCGAAACCCUCUCCAAUUAUGAAGUACAUUUAAAGAAUCGAUUACAUCGCCAAAAGGUCAAUGAACGUGUGACUGCUGCUGGUUCCAACGGAUCAUAG